AGAAGAAGAAGAAGAAGAAGAAGAAACCUAAAUGACCGCAAUAAAACACUCUCACUAUUUAAAACAAUAUUGAUUUUGAUUAUAUUUGUAAAAAUAUUAAUAUGUUGUCCCGGUGCCUUCCAUAAUGCAGUUUUGACUCCAGACAGGCAAUGUCGCUAACCUCCACCAGUAUCCGGAAGUGACGUAUUCCGCUUUGUGAGGCCGACGGAGACAUUUUAAAAUAAACAUUUAGCUAACUGCUAAAUGCUAAUAGAGCGCUCGCGCAGGUGUGAGCCCGCUGCGCCAGCACAGAAACUACCCUCUAAACGCUCCAACUUGUCACCGUGUUCAUUUUAAUGAACGGCAUUUCGCGGGCCAUAGAGGAAUCUACCAGCCGAAGAUGUUAAGAUGUUCGAUAUUGGGAAUUAAAAAGCAUUAACACCGUGGUGAGUGCUGAUCUCAGCACCUUGGUCCAUGUUUGCUGGACAUUGUGCUAAAGUAGCCUGAAGAUGGCUGAUUCUGAGAAGGCAGAGGAAUUUGUUGAAGCAGAAUGUCCCUCGGAGUGCCUUGUUGAAGCACAGUCAGCCAAUGAUGAACAUUUAAAAACCGAGACUACCACAAGCACCAGCUCCCCUCCGAGGGAUAAGGAGGCAGACAGCCCUUUUCACACGGAGGGUGAGCAGAGCCUCCUCUCCAUGCCAUGCCUGAUGAAGGAGCUCCGCAGAGACUCUCCAGAGUCCCAACAGGCCUCUACGGAGAGUGAAAAGCCUGUCUCUGGCCAUGUCUACGAGAGCGACUCAUCUAACCCCUGCAUGCUCUCGCCCUCGUCCAGCGGCCACCUGGCUGACUCGGACACGCUCUCCUCAGGGGAUGAGGGUGCUGCUCCGGUCACGGGGGAGGAGGCAGAAAUCAAAAUGGAAGCUGCAGAUGACCCUGGCAAGGUAGCUGAAAAACAAAUGGUCACUUCGGCUGCUGUGAGUAGUGGGAGGAAAUCUCGGCGGUCGCGCUCAGAAAGCGAGAAUCCGCCCAACGCCAUGGCUGCGAAGAAGAACCGCUGCCAUCCCGCGGCGGCGGCAGGGGCCACGGGGCCAGAGAAACAAAUCAACGGCAAGCAGGCCAAAGUGAAAGGUCACCGGAGCCAGAAGCACAAGGAGCGCAUGCGUUUGCUGAGACAAAAACGUGAAGCGGCUGCACGGAAGAAAUACAACCUGCUGCAGGACAGCAGUACGAGUGACAGCGAGCUCACGUGCGACUCCAGCACCAGCUCCUCUGAUGACGAAGACGACGACACUUCAGGAGGCAGCAAGACAAUCAAGACAGAAAUUCCAGACGGGCCUCCAGUAGUGGGUCACUAUGAUAUUUCAGACACUGAUUCUAACCAGGAGAGUAUGAAUUUGGAGAAAGUCCGGCCCACCGUCAUAAAGCAUGAGCUAGAAACACACAGAGGCCAGGAUAUGGCAGCUCACUCCGGGUGUAUAAGAGCUCUGAGCUCGAUCGCAGGCCAAAUGGAGGUGGCGCGCAACAAGGACAGCUGUUCUCACCACAAGGGCCAGAUUAACAUCGCCUCCUCGGACAGCGAGGUGGAGAUCGUGGGCGUGCAAGACAAAGCUCGAUGCGCCCAUCCUUGCGGCGGCGUGAUCAAGAGCUUGUCCUCUUGCAAAGAGAACUCGGUGGAGCAAUCGCACGGCACAAACCAUCCUCAGCUGUGGACUUCUGUUUCCCCUCAGUCUAGCUGGGUGUCCCCCCCAGAGGUGGUGGACCUCACGCUGGACGAGGAAAGCGGACACAAAUACUUACCUUAGACGACCUCUCACACUGAAACGCCCGUCUCCGCCACCUCCCCGCCCGUCACUUUUUGCCUCUGUGUCCUGGACUCCCUAAAUUGUCAUGUAUUUCAAAGCCAUUCUAUUGACGUGAUUCCCUAUUUUUUUAUUUUUAGACGUGGUUACACGACAAAGCACUUGUGAUCUGCAGGAGUGAUUUAUAUUUUAGAUAGCAAUACCCUCCCUCAAAUUGAUGACCUUUUUAUGUGUGUGUUUGUACCGUGAAAAAAAACAAACAAACAUCAAAGUUGCUGCUGGAGAGCGUGGUCAGUAUCACAAAAUGGCGCCUGGCCUGCUCCACUACAGACUCUUUUAAUAACAAUACAAGUCUCACCACUGGGUUUUCACCUUCUACAUCAGGCUUUUGCAGGCGGUCCACACUUAGUGAUGCCGCCGCCGUCGCUGCUGCUGCUUUGGUCACAAGCUUUCCUUCCUUUCUUAAUUUUUUUUUAUACAAAAAGUACCAUAACCUGACGAGAGCGCACUUCACGCUUUGUCGCAAUUGCAAGUGCGCGAGUUGAGUGUGAAUGUACGAGACCGGCGCCACAUUUUUACUUGUUCUGAAUGAAUAAAAGGAGAUUCAAAAAAUGCUCCUUUACAGCAAACUUUAAAAGAAAUGUAUCUUCCGCUAAAUACUGCAUAGCGACAUGUCCUGAAUGCCUUGAAAUCUGCACUGUUUUCGUUUUAAAUUCUUUUUACCCAGCAAAACAGUGACUUUUUGCUAUCUUGACAAUGACUAUUUUAAUAUUAAAUGUAAUUUGACUUCGUAUGAAAAAAAUUAUAAGUGAGAGUGGAUACGUGUGACGUCUUUUGUCACAUUGACAUUCUGCCCCCCCUGCCAGUGACAUUUAUUAUCCCCUUUUUUUUUUUUUCUUCCAAAGGUUACCAGAAGAUAGUACAGUUGUGCAAAAAUACCUCUGCUGGUUACAGAAAGGGAAAUCUAAUCCUACACAUUAUUUUUUAACCAAAGUAAGAUUUUUUUUCAUCCUUGUUAAAAUUGGGCUUAUAACAUUCUUUGGAAUGUUUUUCAUAUUUUAUUAAAUAGUAAUAUAGUUGCUGUCCAUACUGUUCAUUGGAGAGUAACGAUGCCAGGUCACAAUGCUUUUUAAUGCUGCCAUCUUUUUUUUUUUUUUAUAUAUCUUUGGUUGACAUAAUACAGAAGGACAUUGCUUUAAUAAUGGCUGUUGCACACCUUGUUAUCCUCAUCACUUAUCAUUUAACCUUCCUUCUGUUGCUAUAUCAAUGUCAGUAUUUUAAAUUAACAAAAAGGUGUUUAUAUUUUGUCGCUUCUGCAAGAUCUUCCUUUAACUUAUGUCUGUAGAACAAAAAAAGUCUAUUUUAAAACAAUAAAUAGAAUGUUAUUUAAUGACA